UGCACGGCUUUGGUGUGGCACAAGCCUUUGGGCUAGCUGGGGAUGGGACCACCCCGAACCUUCAUCAGUUGGUCGCCAUGGGCAAGGAGCUCGAGCCGGCAACGCCACACGAUGUCAAUGUAGAGGUCAUCUUGGACGGCUUAGAGAGCCGCCUGGAAUCUAUGUUUACGCGACAUCACGAGAAAUUGCUAAAGCAAUUGAUGCCAGUGUUGCAGACCAUGAUCAGCGUGCGGUCUGCCUGUGACCAAGGACUGGAGACUGAGAAAGUUGAACGGCCCCCUUCAACACAAUCUUUCUCAGCGGUUGAAAUAGAGACCAAAGGUGCCAAGCCUGGCACGUUGAAGCAGCAGCUGCAAGAUCGCAACUGGGACAACUCCUUCAACCUCUCGGAGCUGGAAUCUUCCAUCUGGCAACACAUGGGAUCGGACGCAAGAUGGCGAAAAACCAGACAGGAAUGGCAGCCUGCUCGGCCCAAUUCACCAAGUGGAUCGCCACCGAAUCUACCUUCAUCGGCAUCGGAUGGAAUUGUCCGAGAUUGCAAGGUUGUUCCCGUCUGUGUGAGUACUGUUUCCAGUACUCCUCGAUUUGCAUCCCCCAGCAGUUCAAGGCCCGCAACGGCUACAUCUGCUCGCGUCUUGGGAUUCCAACCGCCGAACCCUGCAGGGAAGGUUCCUGUGAUGCCGAUGACGACUAUGUUGAAAGAUUCAGAUCGUGCCACGUUGGCUCAGAUUGACAGUUCCGCAGACGAAGAGGAGGGCUGCCCAUUCAACUUUGGAACUGAGCUGAUACAGCUUAUCCCAAGGUGGGUCCCAUUGUUUUUGGGAAUAGGUGCCGUGCUGGGAGCGCUGGCUAUGAUCGCAAUGACUGCAUGGUUGAGUCAUGUCCAGGUGCAUAACGAAAUCUUCGUGAUUUUUACGACUCUUGUCUAUGGCCUCGCCGGCAGUGUGUGUAUUUCAAUGUUGCAGUCAUCUUUGCAGCGCAAAGAUUUGUCACUGGCUCUGGCUUGCUUGCGCGCAGUCAUGGCCAACUUCAAAGCGGAACGACUCGCCAAAACGAGAAGACGAAAGCGGCGUCUACUCUUCAUUGCCUGGCUCUUGCUGAUUUGUACUCAAGUUGUCUCGCAUGGACUUCAGUGGUACCUACUGGACUACCAGCACGGAGAUGGCUUCACUCAUGUCCAUGACCUGGUCUUCAAAGUCCUCGGGUGCAUUGCAAUCGUAUGUGUUGCAUCGGGCAGCGGGCUGAUCCUGUCAGUGGCAUACGUCCAGUCCGGCUUCAUCUCAGGCUUGGACGCAGCAAUAGAUUGCUGGUGCAACCACAUGUUGACAUCUCCAGACUUCGAGUUCGGGGUGCAGAGUUGGGCCAACAUGGAAGCAAUGCUGCCUCUCGGCGCACGU